AUGUUUUCUAUCGGGUUUUCAGCGGUCGUUGUUCUUCUGCCUGAUUUCUACUACAAGAAUGGAGCCACUAAACAGGAGGCAGCAAUGGCCGCCUCGCUCACAGGGCUGGGGGGGUUCUUUUCCCGAACGCUUGUUGGAAUCGGCUCAAAUGAUGCCAAUAUUGGCAAGAUGGUCUUUUUCUCAGGCACCAAUGGAAUAAUAGGAACCUUGACAUUCUUUAUGCCGAUAUUUGUCAAGACUUUGACAGGUCGAUACAUCUAUGCGUUUCUGUUCGGAACCUACGUUGGCAGUGUCCUGACCCUCCUGACUCCGAUGACAAUGGACAGUGUAGGCGUCGACAACCUCGCGUUUGGCGUCGGACUCAUUAUGUUCUUCACCGGGGCUGGAUGUCUUGUGGGGCCACCCAUUGCAGUCGCUAUAUGGAAGGCCAGUGGGGACUACGUCACAGCAUUCCUGUUCGCAGGUAUUGUGUUCUCAGCAGCAACUCUCUGUGGGUUCCUGUCCGAGCUGUGCAAGAGGAAACCCUACUCCUAG